AUGCUUCAAGAUAUAGACCAAAAAGUGUUGGAUGCAAUCUUGCGGCAUCUUGAGCCAGUAAACUACACUAGGGGCAGCUAUAUUAUUCUAAAGGGGGAGCCACUCGAUAUGAUGAUCUUCGUCACACGGGGCAAUCCACUUACCUACAACACUAAUACUGGCCAUGGCGGAGGAGAUAGUGGCUUGUCAAACACUAUAGGCUGUCUUGCCGGUAGUGAUGUCUAUAGAGAAGAAGUUUAUGACUUGGGCGGCCACAUCAACCUCCUUUUUCGACUUGCCCAUCUCCACCAAAACUCUCAAGUCCCACAAUAA